CGCUGGGAGCACUCAGGGGCGUGACAAAUCGCAGCCUGUCUCCAGCUUGUGUUCCCUGGCCAGUCUGCCUUGGGCCUUGCCUCACAAUGACCGCCCCAUCAUUCAGCUUCAUUCAUCUGCUCACUGUUUCAGGACUGCUCUGUCACUCAGCACGCUGCCUAGCCCUUCCCAGCUUGGAUCAGAAGAAGCGUGGUGGCCACAAAGCAUGCUGCCUGCCGACACCCCCACCACCGCCACUGUUCCCACCACCAUCUUUCAGAGGGGGCCGCAGUCCGUUUCUCUCCCCAGACAUGAAGAACCUCAUCUUGGAACUGGAGACCUCGCAGUCCCCGUGCAUGCCAGGCUCGCUCGGCUCCCCUGGGCCUCCUGGCCCCCAGGGACCACCAGGACUUCCUGGCAAGACAGGACCAAAGGGAGAAAAGGGGGAGCUUGGCCGACCAGGAAGGAAGGGUAAACCUGGCCCCCCAGGAGUUCCUGGCAUGCCUGGGCCUGUCGGCUGGCCAGGCCCUGAAGGACCCAUGGGUGAAAAAGGUGACAUGGGUGCGAUGGGCCUGCCAGGGUCAAGAGGACCAAUGGGCUCCAAGGGAUAUCCUGGAUCCAGAGGGGAAAAGGGAUCCAGAGGUGAAAGGGGUGAUGUGGGUCCCAAAGGAGAAAAGGGCUUCCCAGGAUUUCCUGGAAUGUUGGGGCAGAAAGGUGAAAUGGGUCCGAAGGGUGAGCCUGGGCUAGUAGGACACAGAGGACCCACGGGAAGACCAGGAAAACGAGGCAAGCAGGGACAGAAAGGAGAUAGUGGAGUUAUGGGUCCACCUGGCAAACCUGGGUCUUCUGGUCAACCUGGCCAUCCAGGCCCCCCUGGGCCCCCAGGUCCCCCAUCUGCAGGACAACUUGUAAUGGGACUCAAAGGGGAAAGAGGAUUUCCUGGGCCUCCAGGAAGAUGUCUCUGUGGACCGCCUGUGCAUGUGAAUAACCCUUCCUAUGGGGAGUCCGUGUAUGGGCCCAGUUCUCUGCGAGUUCCUGUGAUUUUUGUGGUCAACAACCAGGAGGAACUUGAAAGGCUGCACACCCAAAAUGCCAUUGCCUUCCGCAGAGACCAGAGAUCUCUGUACUUCAAAGACAGCCUUGGGUGGCUCCCCAUCCAGCUGACCCCUCUCUACCCCGUGGAUUACACUGUAGACCAGCCCAGCACCUGUGGGGAUGGGGUCCUGCAGCCCGGGGAGGAGUGCGACGACGGUAACAACAACGUGGGUGACGACUGUAUCAACUGUCACCGGGCUUACUGUGGAGAUGGUCACCGGCAUGAAGGUGUGGAGGACUGCGAUGGCUCUGACUUUGGCCACCUGACGUGCGAGACUUAUCUGCCUGGGUCGUAUGGAGACCUGCGGUGCACCCAGUACUGCUACAUCGACUCCACGCCCUGCCGCUACUUCACAUGAGGCCUGCGAGGAGAAGGUGGGCUGCGCCCCACACAACUGGCAGCAGCUUCUCCUCCCUCACCAAACUGGCCUUUGCACUGUCCUGAACCAGUCUCCAUCAGCCUUUGUGUGACAAAAACAAGGACAAACUCCUGCUGCUAAGAUGUGCUUUUAACUCAGUCUGACUGGAAGAAUUGAGGACCAUUGCAUCCUGUCUUACUCCAAAGGACCGGAAAACCUCCCACAUGCCCAAGCUGGGAAUGGUUGCCCAUCACUACCAUCCGGCCUAACAGCCGCUAUAGUGCCCUUCCUCUUCCGAAUGCAGCUGUGGACUUGGCUUAGAACUGUUAGACUCAGAGGCCUGUGGGGCUAUGCUCAUUUGUUUUGACCUCUCAUCUAGAGUCUGGAGUACAGGCCUCUCCACCCCUCUGACCUCCGGAUGGGCAGCCACCCGCUGUCGGGUCUCCCAAGGCCUGUGAACCACAAAGCAGAGAAGUGGGCACAUUCUCUCCAUGUGAGUCACGCCCUUGGACCUGCUGAAGGACCCCUGAGCUUGGCCCAGCCUCAUGUGGAUGUAGCUCCCUAAGGAAGAGACUUAACUGUGAAAAAGUACUGAGAAACCUGCCAGACUCAUGGUUGCCCAGUGGGGGGCGGAGGCUGGCUGGGCACCCGGCCACGUGAGCAGCAGCCUCUUUGUCUCUGUGCUUCCCAGAGGGCGGCUCUUGUGCUUUCAGAAUCCCUGGCAGCAUCCUGACCUUAGCUCUCUGUGCACUUUGACCUGUGUCUUGCAAACAUCCUUCAUGUCCCUUUCCUGUCCAGGAGACUCACAGGCAUAGAGUGACCUCUAUGAGGCCACACCUGGGCAGGUUGUUUGGUGUUUCCUUGGUCUUUAGGAUAACACCUCCCUGGGUUUCCCCAGCUGGGGACCCACUGUUGAGGACACUCUCCUUACUCUAUCUCCUCACUUCUGCUGACUCCUGUGAGUACCCUGAGACCCCAUUUUUGUGUCUGCGUGUUGCAUAGCCCUGUCCUCAAGUCUGUGUGCCUGAGCGCCUCCCUUUCUAUAGCAUCGUUGGUCCUGCAUGUCUGUGAGCUGCCUUUCAUCACCAUCUUUCUUGAGUGGGGCUUCACUUUGUAUUAAAAAUACAUCUCCAAGGUGAGCCCCCACCACAGAAAAGUGCAAGUCGGAUUUGCCCAUUGGAAUAGAAGGAUGCUCCUGGAUUUUUGUACAUAGCUGUAUAAUUAGCCCAAGUCUUGGAAGUCUCAGCAAGCAGGAGCUUUGGGCCCAAGUGGUCCAUCUGCUGGUGGUCUACAGGUGGACCAUUUCUCCUACAGGUGAUAUCAGCCCAAGGUGGUGUCUUUAGAGGUGGGUGCAUUGAUCAGCCUGGUUCCCUGAGCCUCUACUGCAAGCUCUGGGGAGACAUUGCUUCCUUGCUGCUUCCAUCACACUGGGAUGUAUGGGCGGGAAAUCAAGAAAAAUAAAGGCGGUUCAUUUCUGCA